GCCGGGCUGCGGGGCUCGCUGGGCGGGCGCGGCUCGGCCUGGGGGUCCUCCCCCGGGGGGGCGGAACCGGAGACGGGGUGCCCGGCGGGGGGCGCUCCCGGCGCAGGCGCGGCGGGGCGCAGGGAGCGCCGCCCGGCCCGGCCCGAGCCCGGAGGGCUUCCUGGAGGCGGCGGCGGCGCGGAGACCCACGCGGGCAGCUGCGGCCUAGGCUGCCUCGAACCCGGUGUGGUCCUCCUGCCUCGGCUUUGCCAGGUGGUGGGAGACCAGGCUGCGCCCGCGAUGCCCGGCCUGGGCCCGAGGUGGUGGUGCGGGCCUGGCUGGUUCCGCCUGCUAAGGGAUGCCCAAGAAGUUCCAGGGCGAGAACAGCAAGUCGGCAGCUGCCCGAGCACGGAGGGCUGAAGCCAAGGCGGCAGCUGAUGCCAAGAAACAGAAGGAGCUGGAAGAUGCCUACUGGAAGGAUGAGGACAAACACGUGAUGCGGAAGGAGCAACGCAAGGAGGAGAAGGAGAAGAGGCGCCUGGAGCAGCUGGAGCGCAGGAAGGAGACGCAGCGGCUGCUGGAGGAGGAGGACUCGCGGCUCAAGGGCGGCAAGGCCCCCCCCGCCGCGCCCGCCAAGGUCACCCGCGCGCAGAUCGAGGACGCGCUGCGCCGCGAGCAGCGCCCGGAGCCCGUGGAGAAGGCCAAGAGCCACCUGGAGCUGCCGCUGGAGGAGAACCUGAACCGGCGCGCGCUGGACGAGGGCAGCGUGGAAGCUCGCACUGUAGAGGACGCCAUAGCCGCGCUCAGUGUGGCCGAGGACGCGGACCGGCACCCCGAGCGCCGCAUGCGCGCGGCCUUCACCGCAUUCGAGGAGGCACAGCUGCCACGACUGAAGCAGGAGAACCCCAACAUGCGGCUGUCGCAGCUGAAGCAGCUGCUGAAGAAGGAGUGGUCGCGCUCCCCCGACAACCCCAUGAACCAGCGCGCGCUGCCCUUCAAUGCGCCUAAGUGACGGAGCCAGGCCCGAGUCCAGCUUGUCCAGGUCCAGCUCAUCGGGUCCAGGCGCCCUCCUGCCAGGCCUGCCUGGGGUCCGGGGAGUUCCGAGCCCGGGCACUCCCCGCUCUGAGCGACACCUAGCCCCUGUGCGCAAGCGCACGAGCCGGCUGAGCGCCCGCCCAAUAAAGGCCGCGGCGAGGCUGCCUGAGGCCCGUG